ACAAAAAUUUCUAAGGAAUUGUAAAAGCAUUAGCUUGGUGUUAAACCUUUAAAAUAUACCUUCAAUAAUGCAAAACAAUGUGAUUUUUGCAAACUACUCAAAACAGCAGAUUCUCCAAUCGAAUCCUUUGUUCUACUUGCAUCUAGAUUAGUUAGAAAAGAAGUCAUGAAGAAUCCAACGAUAAUUUUGGCAAAUGUUCAUGUAAGCCACCAUGAAAUUAAAAGAAAAAAAUCUUUAAAAAAUAGAAUAACCAAGGAUAAAAUUACACCAAAACACCAUCAAUCAAUGACUUUUCAGGUUGGGGAUGUAUAUUUCAAUAAACUAGAACUAGAAUAUUUCCUCAUUGCUUUUGAAAAAAAUAUUCAUGAAAGGAAUACAAUUCUAAAACAAUUACUGUAAAAUUUGAGCUCAAUAUCUUCUCCGUCACCAUCUAACGACAUCUCAUAAUCGUGCACUCAAAAACCGCUCCAAUCGCGCUGUACGCAUUCUAGUUUUACCGAUAUUUUUGCCAGCCUAACCGUACACUGAAACAGUCCGGUAGCUGCUGGUCUGUUAGCUGGCAAACGGGCUGCUCCAAUCGACAGCCCCUUCGCUGCCUUGUUGCACCAAAUUUGGGCGUCGAGUUCCAUUUCGUUUCGCACUUCCGCGCACGUGCGUUUAUCCCUUUACGACCGGCCCGGCGGAGGCGUUCUACGCAACGUACUGCGUACUGUCGGCAGAAGGAGAGGCUUUUUCCCCCGUUCCGGCACGCUUAACAUUACUGACCAUGGCCACCUCCAGAGCACGGCGGGAAAAAAUGGAACGAAACGGAACGAAACGGUUUAUCCACUAAAAUUGAUGUGCUCCACAUUGACGCUUCCUUCCUUCUGUUCCUCCACACACACACACACAUACUGGCUCAUUCUCAUUCCAUGAACAUGAUAUAUAGCAAUCAGUUUGGAAGUAACUGUUCGCUUCCAUGUUCCUCUUUGGGCGGGUGGGUUUUGCUCUCCCCCUGGGAGGUUCGCACACUUGCACCGGCAGUGGCCUACUUUGACCAGCGCCGAAGCCAAUGGCUCUGUGUGUUAGUGUGUUACGCAGCGAGACACAACACACGCGCAGCUAAGAACGCAUGCGAGCAGUGGGGAAAAAUUCUUUCCCGUGCUCUCUUCGAUUUUCCCGAGCCUAGCGAGCAUUAUCUUUUGUUCCUUUUCUCAUUUUUCUUACUUCAUUCUGUCGCUGUCUGUUGCGUAAACAUGAAGAGUUUGCGCUAAAACAGAGAAAGAAGCAUACUGUUGCAAACUAUAUCAUGGUCAAGCCAAAUGAUGAUCGCAUUUCUCACACGAAAGAUCGAUUUUGAGCUGAUUGUACUCAAAGAAAGUAGAACCCUCCGCGAAAAAAAUCUCACCGAUUGAGUGACUUGAGCACAGUGCGCACUGAGCGUGUUCGUCCAUAUUGGAGGGGGACAGGAAAAUGAGUUACUGCAACCACGGUGACCGUGAGCGGAAAAAGUAAGCUAGUAAGCGAGAGAGUGAGAGAGCGUGUGUGUGUGUGUCUGUUUCCUUCUCUCGAUCUGAGUGUCCUGUUUUCCCGACGGCUUUGUGCGAUUCGUGCAAACAAACUGCAUAUACGCACUCAUGCCACCCACCCAAACAGUACGCAACACAAACACACGAGCUGCGUUCGGCGCAAAUGAUUAUCCGCACGGGGCGGUUGGCGGUGUACGGUUUCGGCCGUUUUUCGAUCACACAGUGGGAAAACACGGCGAACGGCGAUGCCUCGUAAUCUGCCCCUUGCUGCUAAUGAGGGAAACGUUAACCUUGUGAGCAAGCGUGCAGUGUCUGAUAGCAGAAACAAUUGCAAAUAUUGAUCCAGCAGCAAAGUGAAUUUAGUAAACGCUAUUCGUGUCUGUGAAGCAGUACAAAGAUGUGUCGAGUUGUGUGUAGUGUCCGAGCUCCAGCAGCAAUGUUACCCCUUGGACUGUCAUCCCCUAGUGGACAAUAGACUAGGGCGGCCCUAGGUCUUAGCAAGCUGCAAUCUAAGCUCGAUUGAGGUGAUCUGUGAGGAGCGUGAAGUGAAGAGAAACAACAACAAGGUUAAGCUGGUGGAUCCUAAUUCCACAAGGACGUUAUCGGGUGUUUAAAGUAUACAAGUGUCGUGUAGUGACUCCAAGUGACAGUUCUUUCCGUGAAGAAGUUGUGUCCGUAGUGCCGUUGUUAAAACAGUUUAGUCCCUCAAAAAAGUAGUGUUCCUACGUGUUGGUGUGCAUUUCAUUGUGUGUGACAGUGUGCGGGUAAUAAAGAAACAAAAAAUAAAAGGAAAUAGAAGCAAAACAGCGCGCUUUGACCUCAAUUCGGUGUUUGGUGUGACGCGGACUGACGCGGGUUUUUUCACUGGUGGUGGGCAUUCGGAAGAUGUCGCAACAGUUAAACAGCCACGGUACUACUAUGCUCGGUAGUAUUGCGAACAGUAUCGGAACGAACAAUAGUAUCGCCUGCAGUAUGGGCAACAACAUCCCGAA